CCAUUGACUACUCAAACCCUGGCCUUAUCUGCUCACUGGAAUGAAGUCUGUUUCGCAAGCGUUCCCGGAAGUGAUGUUACUCUGGGAUUAGAAACUCUGUGGUUUGGUAAUGAAAUGUAUCUUGGUCACGCCCGAACGUCAUGUGUACGUGCUAGUUCCCGACGUUACCGAUUGAGUUGAGGAACAAACAGAGGACGACCAACUCGGUCGAUGGUGGAGAAGAGUCAAGCGAACAUAUUUUUUAAAAACAAUUGAAAUUGACAGUAUAUAUCUGUGCCAGAAAAGGAAAUCGUCGAAAUGAAAUUGCUGUGGGGUUUAAGUGCCCUCCUCUUGUGCUUGUACCGAGCCAAUGCCCUGACAGGUAAUAUUUUUUUCUAGCUAGUUAGCAGUUAGGCCUCAUAUACAGUCAUUGAGUUAGAAUAACUCGGUUGUGUGUGCCGUGCUAACUCACUGGCUUGCUAGCAAACAAGCUAACGUUAGCGCUUUUCAAUUACUUAUUUGAUGCUGUGCUUUCAUGCACGUAGUUAAGACAGUAUUUUUACAGUUGAAUGUUUUCCAACGUUUUUCAAGCAGUCAACCUUUGCCAUCUAGGUACUUUGGAAAAUGAACGAGUGGCUAGCUAGCUAGGAAACAAAACGUUAUUUUGUAAUGCGUUAGCUAAGUUGGCUAACGUCGUUAGCUAGUAAUAAUGGUCACAGCGUUCCAAGCGCAGAACCAUUGAUCAUUUCAGACUCGCAGUCAUGUUUAUCCAGGUAACGUCAACUGUGUAUCGUUAAACCAGAGAGAGUUCUGACAAAAAUGGGAUGAUUUGCAACAAUAUUCAUAAAUAACUAGCUAGUAUAUUAUAAAAUUCGUCCACGGUUGGCUCCAUGUGAAUUACAAUUUCGAGGCAUUUAAGAACGUCAAUUAUCGUUUGCUAAACGGUUUUCGAAACAUAUGCUGAUAUGGCCCUAUCAUAUCAGCGAGAAAGACUCUUAAAAAAAUAAAAUAUAAAAAAAAUACACUUAGCUACUGUAGCAGGUUUGCACAGAUCCAUAUGCUGUGUGCCAGAAGAUACUGACCUUACCGUUAUGCUUGUUUACACUGAGCUGCACUAGGGUAGGAAUGCAAUGUGGAGCCAGCGUGAGAUAUAGGUCAGAAAGCGUACCUCGAUGCAGGGAUGGGAUAUGCAACUCUGCUCCAAAUUGUACCUUUAUUCAUAACUGAUACAUCAAGAAGAUUGAAAUACUGUUAGUUUUCCCGUAAAACGGCCCUUCUCCUCCUCAUGCUAGCUUGCAGUAGCCACCACAGCCAUUUUGGAAUGGCAUUGUUAGCCAAUCAGCGCCUUUGUUCUACGCAAAGUUUAAUUCCAUAAUGGCUACUGCUCGCUAGCACAAGGACAAAAAGGGCACUUUUCCAGAAAACUAUACAUAUUUAUAUUCUCAAUGGAGCAGUGUGGAUAAAGGUACAGUAGCAUAUCCCAUUCAUGCAUUGAGGUAAGUUUUCCAACCCCAGUGCAGCUCAGUGUGAACAAGAGUAACGGUAGGGUCGUUAUUUUCUGCCAACCAUCUGAUGAACUAUACUUUCGCUACAGUGUGUUAGAGCACGCUAGAUGGCUAAUUAGCAUAGGUGGUCGCCUCUGUCUAUUUUUUAAAUCUAUCGUCUGUCUUCUGUACACCGGCGCAGUAACAUGGCAGUGUGGGAACACGAACCCUUUAAAGGUGUGUAGUAUUUGAACCUUUUUUGUUUUUUGAAAAUGAUUUCUUGCUGAUAUGAAAGAUGGCUACGUUCCUUAUGUUUCCAAAACCGUACCGCAAGUGGUGCGUGUUAAUAUUCAGAACAAGCUUCUGGGCUCUUAACUAAACUCCUCCGGCAAGAAGAUACUAUGUUCAAUAGGCGCUAAAGGUAGUUAGCAUCUAUGAAUGGCUUAACCAGGUAGCUAAUUUAUACACAUUGCAGUGAUCAAAAUUGGUGACUUAUUGUAAUGGUUAACGUUAGAUAAAAAUAGUUUUCAUAUUGCAACCUGCCAUCAUCAAGAAUAUAGUUGUAUUAAAUAACUCUCGUUUUAAAUAGGCAAUCUAGUGUCAACAACAUUUACUACUAGUAUCUACUAGCUAGCUUGCACAUUUUUCACCUGAUCCCUCACCGUGACCAACAUCACCUUUGGCCAAAUAUCAUAGACGUUGGUUUAUUUCUUCAUAAACCAGACAAUGUUUUUUUUUAGUGUUGCCAGUUGUUGAAUUUGUAAAUUAGCAGACUAACCAGACACGUGUGUUUGAAGUCUCAGCUAGUUUUGUGUGAGAGCCAAAGCUCAGCUUGUGCCUCUGGCUUGUUUUAGCUACAGUCUUUAAACCGGUGUAGACCAGUGUGCCUGCCUGAACCAUUAGAUGUUAACUAGCAGGUUAGCUGCUGUGUCAUAUAAAGACGUCCCUUUUUAAAUAAAUAAAGUUGGCCUAUGUUUUACCUCAAUCAUAUGUAGCAUUUCUAUGGAGAUGAAUAACAUACAAUUAUUCAAGAGGUACAACAUGCUACCACAUUUAAAUUCACACUGAAUAUUACGUUUCUAUAUGAUUACAAAUUUAUUUGUAUUUAUUUAUUUUAUUUUUAGUCAUUUAGCAGACGCUCUUAUCCAGAGCGACUUACAUGAGCAAUUAGGGUUAAGUGCCUUGCUCAAGGGCACAUCGACAGAUCUUUCACCUAGUCGGCUCGGGGAUUAGAACCAGCGACCUUUCGGUUACUGGCACAACGCUCUUAACCACUAAGCUACCUGCCGCCCCAAAUGUAAUGAAUGUGUCAAACAAACAAGAAGCUUUUUGUUUACAAGAUUGUUGUGGAAGCUUGUUUUUAGCAGAGAUUGCAACAAAAUUAGAUGACCUUAAUCUCCUUAUAAUGUUCCGUCACAACCACUGCCUUGUCUAUUUAAGAUUGUGCUGACUUUCUAAGCCUGGAAGAGCCUCAAGCCAUGGCAGUCUAUAUACAUUACGCAACCUUGAGUACUUAGUAAAGCAUUGCAUGCCGUGCAUCAUGCGCUCAUUGUUAACUUUGCCAAUUCAGAGUGACGGUCCAUUUUAUUAACUUAUGUUCAGUGUCAAAGAAACAAGGCAGUAUGUGGACUGAUUUAUGAUGAUUCAAUGUGUUUUGGACCAAUUAAUGACACUAAAACAUUCUAGAUAAGGAAUGAUGGGGAUGGUGUAUAAUAUUCUUGCAUGUAGAUUGCUAGCUCCUUUAAUUUGGUGUGAAAAUGGCUACAUCUUAGGCCUAAUGGUUUUGGUUAAUCCUCAAAACCGGACCAAAUUAUUGGGGAACUUGCUUUGUAUUUUCAAAAGCUGAUUUGAUAGAUAAGUCACACACACACUGUAGCCUGCUCUAUAUGCUCUCAACAAUUUAAAUGGGUAAACCUAACAAAAAAGAUUGAUUUUUGCCAGGACAGUUUGGGGAAACUGGACUUUGCAUUUGUCCUUUUACUAUGCUAGGUCCUCCAUUGACCCAGAUAUACAGAGUGGCAUGAAAGCUUCAGAGGGCAUGUCCCAGGGGAAUGCAGAUGCCUCUGAAGCUACAGCACACAGGCAGUCCCCAUGCUGGAUGGGCUGGGCUCCACUAUGGCAGCUCCAGAUCAUUAAUACAAUUAUAUUUCCAUUGCGCUAUAUUUCCACUUGGUUUGAGAAGUAGGUUAUAGAAAGCAGGCAGCCAUUUACCCUUCGGUUAAACAAGGUCAGGAAAAGCAAGUUUUGAAGCAUUUCCUAUUCAAAUGAUAAGAGCGUCUGCUAAAUGACGUAAAUGUAAAAUGAACGGAGUCAUGAAGUAGGGUGGGCUCAUAAAAGGCCAUUGUUUAUGUAAUAGAAUAUUGAUACGUAUAUAUGUCAGAUAAAAUCUUUGCUAGUAGCAUUUGUUGCACAGUCUGACCCUGUGCCCUGAAUAGUGUGUUCAGGAUUCAUGUUGUUGGUUUGCGAUUUUGAUUGUCCAUUUUCUGUCGGCAUAAUUGGUCACUAUGGGUAGGCUAAAUGCUGCAUACAAACAACUGUAAUGACCAUGAUCAAAUUCUUACUCACUAAUCAAUGCUAGUGGAACCUGUGAAGUGUGAAUGUCAAGAAAGGCUACUGUAUUUUCACAAUAUAGGGUGCAGAUUUGAGCUCUAGGCUAUCUGACUUUUUCUCUCACCUGUUGCAGGACAUUUUGUGUUCCUGUUUUAUAUUUAGCAUUUACACGCCUAUCACACCUGCUUUUGAAACAUCCUAUUUGUCCUCAGCUAACAUUCACACAAAAUAGAAACCUAGUUGUUUACAAUAAGUAGGUGGCCCUAUGUCCUUAGAAAGCUGUAACACAUUAACUUGACAACCAUUCCAAGCAGUCAGUCCUCUGUCCUUUUGCUAUGCUAGUCACGCUGAUUUCAGGAGGGGUAUACUGGAGCUGUCUUCUUGGUCAGGUCUCCUUCCAAAAUUUGUUUAAAAAAAAAAAUUCUCCAGGUGGAACUUCCUGGUGGGUUAAAUAAAGUUUGAUACAAGCUAGAAACACACCUAAUUUAGGUAUGAUUUUCAUUCAGGCCUAUGUGAAGUCAGUAUCUACAUUUGUUUUGUACAGCAUUUGUUACGAAGGUGACCUUUUGCAAUGGUUAAAAGGAUCCCGCCACCCUGAGCUAAAAGGUCACAUGAUUUUUAGAGCCAGAGCCACCCGUGCCACCAACCCCAAUUCGAUUCACAAGUUUGACUCUGGACAUGCUGUCUCCGGUCUUUAGGGGGCCAACUAUUCAGAAAAUGUCCACCUACCACCACCUCUUGUUAUUGUCCUACUAUGCAAAAAUACAAUAAAGAGAAAGGGUGUGGCUCAGACAUUGUCUGAAAACAUGGUUGUCUUUGUUCAAGCAGCGUUACAUAGGGAUCCCUGAGUUUGUUCUCAAGCAUUUCCUCAUCAUUGAUCUCCUGGAUUGUUUAUGCAAGUGGGCCUGGAUGUUGAAAGUCUGCAAAGGUUUUGUUCUCCUGUGUGUUGAUUUAAGAUUGUUUUGUGGAAUUCAAUAGAAAUGACCCUACAGGGGGCUAACUCUACACAGCUUCCCUCGCGCCGUGCGAAUUUUAUUCCUCCGUUGCUCCUCCUGGGUAUUAAAUCCUGUACAGAUUGUCCUCAACGUCAGAUCAGGUGUUUGAUUUAAUAACUAAGCCCUGCACUUCUCAUCAACACUGACAAACCGACAGAGAAUUUAAUACAUUUACAGACACAAUUUUGAAUCAUAUCUGACAUUUUUAAUAGCAUUUUCAUCCAUCUGCUUUGCCUACUCAUGUGCAAUGAAUAACAAAAACUACAUUUCAUUCUUUUCAGUUGACCUUCAUGAAAUGUAUCUGGUUUUAUCAGCGGCUUUUGAUUUAAUGCACGUCAUUCAACUUUUCUGUAUCUGCAAUGGGUCUGAUUAUCAAGGAUUCUAAAAAGCCAUUUGGCAUGAACUGUUUUUGGUUAAAAUGCUGAUACUCAAACCCCUACUCUUUCGAAGUGCCAUUUCUCAUUCAUGUGUUCUAUUAACCUCUUGUUUCUUUCUUUUUUUGCCUGCUUGCCUUUUCCAUCACAUGUUUUACUUUCACCUCCAUAAAAUUGCCGGAUGUGCUAAAACCAAUCUGAACCCAAAUCAAUAUAAUCAAUCCCUCCCCCCACGAUGGCCUGUUCAGCUGGUUUUGUCAAGUCGCCCCUGUCCCAGAUGAAACUGAUAGAGGACAUUGCAGAGCUACACUGUGAGGUGACCGGGAACCCCAUCCCUGAGGUGCAGUGGUGGUUCAUAGAGGGUGAGGAGCCCGACGAGACCAUGACCCAGCUGUUCGAUGGGGCGCGGGAAGACCGCGUCGGGAUCAACGCCACCUACAUCCAGCACGCCACCAGCUCCAUUCACCUCUUAAACCUCACGCUCAAUGACUCGGGCACGUACGAGUGCCGCGCUUCCAACGACCCCGACCGCAACGAGCUGAAGAAGGCACCCAAAAUCAAGUGGAUCCGCUCACAGGCUAACGUUAUAGUGUUUGAAUGUGAGUGAGUGGUGGUGGGAGGCCAUGCCAUGCGUACAGCCAGGCAGCGUCUCCCUGUAGAGAGGACAGCGAGUGGUCCAGCUCCUGUCCCACACCUUCUCCUGCCCUUUGCCCUGUCUCACCCAGACUCCCCUACUCUCCCCUCACUGAGCUCCUGUGAUGUCCAGUAGUGGAGAGCAAACCUGACCACAAGGCGUGGCCGGACCUCUCCUUAGACAUGUCCUACCUGCCGUAGCACUACCCUCAAUCUGAUGCCUUUUUACCAGGCCUAUGUCAAAGCCUUUUAUUUAAAUGAAUUAGGAAAAUAUAUUUCACAUAAUAUUGAUAAUACUGGUCAUAAGGUCUGAAACCUGCAAAUGGCUGCAUCUAAUUUUUGAAUCAUGAAAUUGUCAUUUUCUUUUUAAAGGGGUCAGAUUAUGGUGUGGUUAGCUUCUUGCUGGCUUCCAUUUUGUCUAUUUUGCUGUCUUGUCCAAGUAAUAGAAUGUGUAAUAAUUGAUACUAACAUGGGCACUGUCCUGUUGUGUUUACACUCUUUAGACCUGUUUUAGGCUCUUUAGGAGUACUAAAUUAUCUACAGAAGACAGCAACCCAGCUUUGUGUUGAUUCUCAGCCAUAGGGCAUCUUUCUGCCUUGUGGUCCAGUAUUUAUUGACUAUUUGUGGAUUUCUCUACCUGAACCAAACCAAAAGAUCCUCUUAUUCGUUCCUCUUCUCUGUCAUUGUAACAGCAACCUGCCACACCAUACCUUGCCGGUUGCUUCUUCUGCAUGUGUUGAUUACAAGCUCCUCUCCUCAUGGUCUCCUAGAUUAACUUCCCAGUGUAACCCCUCUUCUCUUGAACUCUUGGUUCAGCCCGAGCUCUCCAUUUAGGUGCCUGCCCAUGUGUGAUCCGCCUCUUCUUGGAAAGCUCUGCGCUGCCAUUUUAUAUUGUGCUGUUCUUGGCUUGAAAUUUGAUUAUGAAAAUAACCUUUGACAACCUAAGCUAGACCUUAUCAGUUGUCACUAUGAGGUUUAGGUUAAAGGAUAGUAAAGCAAUGUCAAGCCCUGAACAGUCUCAAGGUUUGUGCUGCAACAUGUUGGUAUCAAGAUGCCAUAUGACCUGUAAACCCUAUAAAUUCCUUGUAAAUUUGGAUGAAAUCUACAUCUUAGAUCUUUUUUUUGUUUUGUUUGUGUGUCUUUAGUUACCCUAAACUAUUUGAGCAAUAUCCUGUACUUGAAAAGACAAGCAAGAAUUAGUUACACUUGGCUUGUCCUCGUGUUAACAUUACUACGGUAAUGAUCCAGCUAGAUGUGGUCAUAUCAAAGGAUGGCUUAUUAAUAUGUUCACUUUGUCUACAGAUCCCUUAAUCGUGUCUUCACCUAUGGAGGUGAACAACCAGACCUCUGCCAUCCUCUCGUGCAAUCUGACCAACCCCACGUCCAUAGUCAAAGGUCAUUACUGGAUGAGGAAUGGCAAUGUGAUCGAGUCAACGAAGAAGGACUCUCCUGCUCUCUACACCGAACACAAGUAAGUGCCAGCCAGGUAGGCAGCGUGUGUCUACAUGUUUUGAUCUGCAUGUUUGAUCCACCAGAUGGACGGGACUCCCAUCUGAGCGAUAAAACGAUUUCCCGGAGCUGGGCUCGCUGAUUCGAGAUUCAGCUAUUGUCCUGAACCUAGCAGUCGUUGCUUGUCAUUAUUAGCCACCAUUUACUGGUACAUUUCACGGUCUCCCAAGCCUGUUUGUUUGGUCAGCAGCACGGUAGGUCACACAGAGAUUGACCGCUCAGCAGCCCUGAAUGAAUGAAUGAAUGAAUGAAUGAAGCACCACUCCGACCUUUCCUCCAUAUAUUUUGUACAUGGUAACUCGUUAGCUCUCCCCCACUCUCGCUCACUCACACACACACACACACACACACACACACACCAUCCAUUAGUGGUAGCAUUCCAGGCCAUGCCCAGGCAUUCCCAGCCAUUAAUUAGCAGCGAGAUGGACUGUGCAGCUUUGGUUAUAGCCUUGGCAACGUCACGGAUAAGUGCCCCUAGCAGUUCCACUCUUUCAUUCGCACUGACCUUAAUUCCCCAUCAGACGUAAAGAGCAGGGAGGGUUCCAUUGCCAAAACAAAAGUCUGAUUGUUGUUACCAGGGGGAAGUAGAAGCGUUUGUAACAAGGAGAGAGGCAUUUUUAUUUCCUAAUUCUCAACAGCAACAGGGUGCUAUUUGAAGUUCAGCAUGUUGGGGCAGCAUAUUUUGUAGUGUGUUUUUACAGGCAAAGUGACUUCAUGACUGGGAUGUGUUCGAAGCCAUUGUUUGAGUGAAGUCUGUGUUGUAGAAGGCCUAUGUUUCCUAUCUUUAGGGCUUACAUUUUGUUCUUGUUUUUUUUUCCUCCAUUAGCUUGGCUAAAAUUGAUUUCCAUUCCGGUGGAGUAUAUGAGUGCGUCUUCCUCUCUGAGCCUGAGGUGAAGAAAUCCAUUGAAGUCAAAAGUAAGUCAUCCUUUUUUAACUUCUUUUAAAAUAAAGGGAAGUCUCUUUUACUGACAUAUUAGCUAUGCCAAUGAAUGUUACUACCUUUUUAGUGCACUUUGAGUAUCUGAAAGCUGUAACAGGCUUAAAUAGCCAAUUUGUUUAUAAACUGCAGGUGUUUCGGAUGAAUCGUACAUAUUGGCUAUCCCAUAAAAACCUGCAUCCCUAUGUUUGUCACUAGCUGCUCUCCAUGUCUCUGCCUAUAAACGCUCCGAGCAUGGAAAUGAGCAGGACAAGGGUGUGCUGGUUUGUGUCAGUCAUGGAUACCCACUGCAUACUGACUGGAAGUGGUACAAACUGGAAGGAGAAGAGAUGCUGAAGAAGGUACGCUUUACCAAACUUUACAUCACUGAUACACAUUAGGCUUAACAAAAUUGGUUUCACUGAGCCAAAAUAGACCCUGAUGCUGGGCUGAACUGAGUGAUUGAACUCCCUCACCCGUGCUGCAGAUAUUUUCCAAUGUUAGGAGUCGUUGACUAAAUCAAUAUCUUGAUUGAAGUCACAGUAAUGUCACACGCACAAGUACUAUCCAAAGAGGUCUCUGCCCUAGAUAAGAGAGAAGUAUUGAAAUCUGUAAAUGGGUGUUGAAUGACUUUUUGCUCCCGGUCUAUGGCAUUCUCAGGCCAUCACCAACGGAACUGACCGGUAUGAGAUCAAGAGCACCCCCAACAGGACCACCCUGACCAUCAACGACAUGGACAUGGACAUGGACAUGGGUGACUACAUGUGCUACGGGGCCAGCGAAGUGAGCUCGGCCUUCGACAAGAUCCACCUGCGUGUCCGUAGCCGCCUGGCUGCCCUCUGGCCCUUCCUGGGCAUCGUGGCCGAGGUCAUCAUCCUGGUCAGCAUCAUCUUCAUCUACGAGAAGAGGAGAAAGCCUGAUGAGAUCAACGACGGUACGUAGACACACCCGCAGAGAAAUGAAGUACUCUUGUUUUGCCAUUAAUUAUUUCUGAAGUAGCAUACCUCGCCAAGUCAAUAUGAUUUGGCUGUGAGUGUCUGCUGCCCUCCAGUGGCAGAACAGUCUCUUAGUUUCAGAUGCACUGUCAUUCUCCAAAGAUUGCUGUGCAUUAGCUGCCAUUUUAAUGAUAUCUAAACACUUAGUAUUUUCUUAAUGGUUUGGAUAUAGCAGGUUUACUGUUAUUUUACGUGGUCUUCUUGAUUUGCAAUUUUAAAAUAUGUUUUCCACUUAUGAUUUUAGUAAUUUCAUUAGAUCAAAAGCAAUUGGUUUUCUAUUAGAACACCUUUUCUCCAUUUUGUAUUUCUCUGUUCGCUGCUGCAUUUGCGUUUUGGUAAGUGAUCAAAACUGCAUGUCAGGCGGAAGUGGUUGACCUGAGAUGAUAGUAACUGAGAAGCUAUGGGAAUGCACUGCGUUCACUUGUUAAGAAUGUAUCUAAUAAGGAACUCUUCCACUGGCCUUGCAUUCCUACAUUAGACCAACCUGGGCUAAAUUUGAAUUACAUUUUCAGACUGCUAAAACUUAGCCAUAUUUUUAUGACCACCAAUCAAUGUGUUUUUGUCACACCAAGGAAAGGGUCAAAUAGCCUAAGUAAUGUGAUUUUAUGUGGAGAUGGAGGAAAUAAGGCCCAAUGUCAUGGUAUGAAGUGUUGGAAACGCCUAAGGGUUUAGGGUUUUAAAGGUACACACAGCAGUAUGAUGUCAUCAUACACAGGGGCCAACUUCGUGCUUACAGACAUCAACAACAACUGUUGUCUGCAAGCAGGAAGUUACUUGGCUGGUUAUGUCAUAUUUCUGUAUCUACCUUUUAAUAUUUUGUCUUGCAUGCCAUCUGCAUCUUGAUCUCCAUGCAUGAUAAGUAAUUUUAGCUUUUUGUAAUAUGGAUAUCAUGUCAUUGAUCUCAUUCAUUGACUGAGGGCACCUACUCUUUGAUUUAACCGUGAAUAAACGGUCAUGUCCAGAUGGUUCCUUUUGAUCUGCAGUAUGCCUGUACGCUUUGUCUAUAACCGUUUUCGGUGUUGCAUUGUCACUGCAAGGUUUCUCUUUUCACUUGGUUGCCCUGUUUGCAUGAUUUUGAGUGUUGUUCAGAACAGAUUGUUCCUGAAAGACGAUAUGGUAUCAUAGUUGGGAUACAGUGAAGGUAGAUUUGUCAUAACUGCAGUUUCUUUAAAUAAAAGGAUUUAUCGUAGGUUAUUUUAAUAAAGUUCAAGCGAUGUAACUGUAUUUUCUUAUUGUAGAUAGAUCUAUGGCAGUGUACGCUUGUUUUUUGUUUUGCUUAAUUGACAAUGGCCUACUUAAAGAAGUACUUGGAACUUUGUCACCAUUUCCUUCAUUGUCUGUGGAAAGAAUGCCUUCUCCAUGCCUUACUCUCAUUAGUAGAAUGUCUCACUGACUAGACAGUCUCAGCUGUUGACUAAUCUUUUCCCUUGUCCCUGUGCUGCUGUAUAGAUGAGGACUCAGGUUCUGCUCCCCUGUAAGUACACAUUUCACACUGACAUUUAAAAAUGCAAUACAAUUUCUCACCAAGAAAAUAUAUACAUUGCUGGAUGGACUGUAAAGUUCUGGAUGGAAAAUGUCUUUCAGGAAAAGCAAUGCUGCCACAAACCACAAGGACGUCAGGCAAAGGAACUCCAACUGAGAGAAGAUGAGAGAGGUGUGUGUGUGUGUGAGGGCUUUUGAAUCAAUCCACUCGACAGGAUGCGCCUAUUUCAAAUUAAUUUAUUCUGAUUGCAAAAUCAAAGCAGUACAACUCCUGUAGUGGUUGAGCUCUCAUCAAUCUAAUUGUCAGUCCCCUGUCUUUCCGGACAGAUAUCCUGAUGACCAUCUUCCAGGAUGAAGAGCAUUGGUUUGCUGAGCAUCACAUAAUCUAGUGCACCCUGCGAUUUUUAAACAACUUUUAAUUUUUUUCUUGAAAGUUAGUGUCUUGAGAAAUGGACUGAAUUUUCCUCUCACUUUUCUUCUAUAUUUCUCUCCAUAUUGUGCUGCCGGGGAACAUGUUUAGGCUUUUGCAUGAGUUUUAUUGCCGUUCUAGAAGUUUGUUCGUAGUGAAAUCCAUUGUAAACGUUUACGUGGGAAUGAUCUAUUGGUGGUUUUUCUAUUUGUGCUUAUAGCUUCCUCCACUGUCCCUCACUAUUCUAAAUAUCUGCUCUUAUGUUUGCAAGCCUGAACAGCCACCUGUUAAGCAACAUGGAUCCUACUAGGGAUGUGAAAUGUUUGGACACUGAUAUACUUUUGCCCCAGCCCCUGUUAGCACACCUGACUCCAAUAAUCAGCUAAUCAUGGUCUUCAGUUUAGAAUGCAAUUAGU